AUGAAUUAUUCAAUCACAAUCCUAUAUUAAGUAUUGACAACCAGUUCAGGAAAAGUAUUUUUAAUUGAAGAGAAAAGCUAUAAUACUUCAAUCAAAUAUUAUGCAUUUUAAUUUUAGUAAAAAGAAACUAUUGAAAAAUAAUUUUUGGAAUAAACAAAAACUCUUGCAAAAUCAAAAUAUUAGCAUUUAUUUAGAAAAUAUUAAAAGAUGCUUUUAAAUAGUUAAUAUACUAAAUAAGAAUUAUAUUUAUUUGAUUAUUAUGAAGAAAGUUAAUUUUUAGAUUUAAAAGUGUUGGAUUAUGGAAAAAAUAAAAAAUCUUUUGAAUAUUCAGAAAUUAAAUAAUAUCUUAAAUAAUUGCUAUUAGCCUUAUAUGAAUUACAUAAAAGUGAUAUGCCUGGAAGAGUUUUUUCAGUUUAUAAUAUAUUAGUUAUUUAACCAACUGAAAAGCUUGUUUUAAUGGAUUUUGGAUUUGAACCAGAAAUUUAAUAAGAUUAAUUAGAUAUAUUGGCACCACCUGAAUAUUUAGAAGAAAUAAUUAAUCAAAGUAUUAUUUUUAUAUAUUUAAGAAUAAAAAAAAAAUUAUUUUGACUUAAAAUUUGAUUCUUGGUUGGUUGGAGCAUUUUUGUAUCAUUUAAUAAAAUUCAAAUCAAUAAAUUAGAUUGAAGUAAGUAAAAAUAAUUAUGAACGACUUAAAUAUGAUAAAAAAGAAAAAUUUUAUGAAUAUUUAUCAAAGAUUUAGUUUAUUCCUUGUUAGACUUAAAGAUACAAAGAAUCUCUACUCUCUUUUGUCUAAGCUUUACUUACUUGUGAUCCAAACAAAAGAUUAUCAUUUUAUGAAAUUUAUCAACAUAAAUACAUUUAAGAACUUAAUAUUGAAGGAGUAUAAUAAUGUAUUGAAUUUUAUAAGAAAUGUGAAUAGAUUAAAGAUCCAUUAAAUGAUGUAUUUAUAACAAAAGAAUUUAAACCAGGCUCUACAAAUUUAAACCCACCAGAUGCUAAAAAAAAAAUACAAAUAACAGAAACAACUAUUGAUUAAAUUAACUUAAAUUGUCUUGAUUAUUUGAAUAUUAUUAUGAAAACACCUUAAUUUUCAAACCAGAAAUUUUAAGACUAUUGGCUCUAAAUUUAAUUAGAUUGUUUGAGAUGCUAUAUAUUAGCAAAUACAGCUGAUAAAAUUUAAACCAUUUUUAAAAAAUACAAACAUCCCUUUGACAAGUUAUUUGUAUAUAUCAUUAAAAAAAUGCAUUAUCUUAUUUUAUGGGAAAUUAGUAAUUAUUUGAAAUCAGAUUAUUAUUAAAAUAAACCAGAUCUAGAUUGGUAAACCUUUUAGAAUCAACAUUAAAAAGAUUUAUUCAAAUCUGAUGAACUAAACUCAUAUUUGGAAGAAUUAAAAAACGAGUUAGUAACGAUAUUUUAAUAAAUAAAUUUAGAUUAAGAUCCUACACUUCCUGAAAUAAUAAAGAAAUCAUUAAAAGAUGAUAAAGAUCAAAAUUAUAAUAUGAUUUUGAAUUCAUUGAAAUUCUAUUCGAAUGUUUAUUUAGAGGCUCUCUAAACACUACUCUAAUUUAUAAAUUAAUAAAUAAUUAAUAAUCGAGAAUAAUCAGAUGAAUUAAACUAAUUGAAGAAAUUAGUUUAUUUUUGUGUAGAUAUCAAUAUUUCUUUUCAACCUUAACAUUUUUAAGAAUAAUUUAAAGGGCUUGCAUCAUAAAAUCAAAAAGUAUAACCAAAAGAUAUCAUUAAAUUAAUAGAAAUUAAGCAUCUACCUAAAUGA